AUGUCUCGCAGACACAAGAAAUCGAGGUCCUGCACCGUAUUGCCGCUUCCAUUGGCGCUGACCUCUUCCAUUGCUACGCAUGCAUCCGAUCCCAUGGAUACGCGAUCACCUCAUCCAGAGCCCUACCCAAAGGCGACCAGCAGUUGCAGCAGCAGCACAAGCAAUAGCAGCCAUAAUAGCAGUAUCAGCUCCAGUCAAGACGCACAAAGUGGAGGACACCUUACACCAUCCUAUGAUGCAAACAGCCGUGAAGAGAAUACGACUGUACGCAGUGGGCUAUCGUCUCUAUUACGCCAUAGAACAGCACCAUUCCCAUUACCAUCAUUCUGUAUCUUUUCUCGCAAAGCAUUAAGUCAUGAGUCGGCGCCACAGGGUGAGAUUGUGCCUUACUUUUAUCCUGAAUCAGUUCCCAUGGAUAGUAUUUGUAUGCUCGUAGGCGUCCUUGAAUCUCUUUUACGUACGAUGGAUGAUAUCACCAAUGACCAGGCUGGAGAAGAAGACGAAGAUAUGGACGAGGAUGAUGACGACUAUGAACAAUUAUGCAAGAUUAUCGGCCUUGGGACAUUCAAAGUGGCUAUAUGGAAAGGAUGGGAAGAGGAUCGUGGAUUGGCUGUCAUCUUGUCAACACAAUUUCCCGAUCACGUUGUCACGGAUCGUAUGCAAGCUAUCCAGGACACUUUGAAGGAUGGAGCUGAGGAGACCAACGAGGUAUUAGGUAGUAGGAUUAUUACAAUGAUUCAUCGUCUUUUCAAGUAA